AUGGACAAAUCUAUUUUCUACGACUAAAUUAAUAAAAUAUAGAAUGAUAUUGAUAAAAAUGAUACCUAUUUAUAAUAUGAUAUUGACUAAAUUUAAAUAUAAGAAUACUUCUUAAACAAAUUAAAAGAUUUGACUCAAAAACCUUUGUAAAUAGAAAUGGAAGAAACACUAAAGAAAUGUCAACUUUAAAUGUAAGAUAAUAAUAAAGUUGAUAAUAGAAAGAAUGAUUUAAGAUUACACAUAGAAUAAGAUCUUUCUGCACUCUCAUUAAGAAACGUAGAUAAGAAAGGAGUUCUUGCAAUAUAAAAUGAAGUAAAUGAAAAAUCUAAAGAUAUAAAAAAUAAUAAAGGGGGGAAAAUACAUUAAAAAUAAACAAGAAUAGUCAGUUUCUUACCUCCUUUAUUAAUUUCUUUAGCAGCUGAUAUACUUAAAUUUAUCCUCUAUUAUCUUAAUAUCGAUUUUCCUUUAUUUAGUUUUUAAAAAAAUCAUUUUGGAGGCGCUCAUGUAACUUCAGUAGGAUCAAUCGGUAUUGAUGAUGCUUUCGUACCUUAUGUUAAUAGCACAAAUGUACCUAUGUUAAUAGCUUUAGGAAGAGUUAAAGAAAAACCUAUUGUAAAGAAUGGGAAAAUAGAAAUAGCUCCAAUUAUAACUUGUAAUUUUACAAUUGAUCAUAGAUUUAUGGACGGAAGCUAAGCAAAAAGUGGAUAAAAUGCCUUCAAAGAUUUUUUAUUAAUGAGUGAUUAGAAAUUAGAAUCUGACUGA